AUGGCGAGAAAGGGUGACAAAAGGGGUGUCCUGUGCUAUUUUGAUUUGUGUCUAGCAUGGUACUGGGAGACGGCUGACAUCACGGUUGUGCUCGAAGGUCACACCGGAAAGAACUUCAUUAACUCGACGUUCUACUGCAAGCAAAACUUGCCUGUCGUGGUGAAAGACGUUCUGGAGUCAACAAAGACGCUGCCCGAGAACUGCUCCACCAACAUUCAGACGUACCUUGACCAGCACAAGGCAGAUCUCAAGAGGUAUCUUGACGAUCUCAUGAGGUACAUGAUCAAGAGGGAGUCGAUCUCCAUGACCAACUCGACGUUCCAGAUCGACGUUGUCAGAGACUUUGCCAUCCCCGUCGUCACCAGAUAUGUGGCCACGUUCCUCGGAUUUGGCCAAAAGAUCAGCGAAGUCGCCGGUGAUGCCAAGGGCACUUACAGCGAGAACGAAAUCUACCAGCACAUCACGAACUAUGAGACUAAGUGGAUGCAGCGCCGCAAGGACUUCAUUAGAUCCAUGAAUACGCUCAUCGAGCUCACUCAGAACGGCACUAUCUGGGAGGCAUGCUCAUGGGGAAUCUCCCAGGCGCUGUUUGGAACGAAGGAGAAGUCCAACGCAAUGCAUGACCUUGGAGUCUUCGUCGCCAAGGAGGUGCUGAAGUACGAAAAGGACCAGGAGAAGGCCGCUGCUAUCCUCCUUCUCGUCUGUCUCGACUUUGCCUACAACGCUGUCGUCGCACUCACUGCUACUCUGGACGGCUACAUGGACGAGCUCUAUCGGGCGGCGAACCCCGAAGCACGCUGGAAGAACGACACUGGCAAAGCUGUGUCAGAGCCACAAUGGCCCGCGAUCCAGGCAUUGGCAUUGAAUGGUUCGACAGAUGCCUUUGCAGAACUGGAGACGCUGGUGAAGCGCAUGGUUCAGAAGAAAGUCCGCAUCCCGCUCAUCCGCCGAGCCCUGAAGGCGGGCGACUACAAGUUCACUUUCGAUACGGACGAUGUACACAUCGACGAAGGCCAGCCAGUUGUCCUUGAUCUCACCGCUGCCGAAGAACAUGCCAGCAACGCCGAGGCCAAGAAGUUCCUCCGCAUGGCGUUCCAGUUCAGGAUCGCCGACAAGUUCAACGCGUUCUUGCCUCAGGGCCUGGCUUCACUCUCGCUGACGUCGAUGAUCAAGUUCAUCGCGCAGAUGCAGAACCCCCGUCGCGGCCACGCCGCCCAGGGAAAACUCAAGAGAGUUCGCCUCGACUCCACGCCCGAGGGCUACGCCAACUACAUGGCGCCGAUGAGGGUGGCCUGGAUUGGCCAGCAAGGGAAGACACUCAAGAAGAAGGAGCAGGACAAGUCCUUCAACGAGGACAUGCUGUGGCCAGAGGUGCACACCUACCUCACGCCCACAUGGGACCAGUUCGUCGCGUUCCCCAUGACCUGGAAGAUACGCUUUGACGUGUUCGGCGCGUCGGACUACGCGACAUACGACAAGGACACCAAGCAGAUGCUCGAGCCAUAUGGCGUGGUCAAGUACGCCGCGCCUCUCCCGGACUACCUUCCUCCCUGGUACCAGCCCGUUGGGCCAUCGUCUGUCGGCGGCUCGUUCGUAACUGUCGCUUGUACCUGCGCCGCGGGUCCUGGCGCGGGCCGCUCGGAGCAGGGUGACAUCAAGCAUAGUGUUGUGCCGGUAACGACUGGAUGCGGCAUGUCGCAUUGA